AACAACUCUUCCAACCCCCGUUUCACAAACAACAUCUUUUUCAACAAUUCUAGAGAGAGAAACAGACAGUGUGUGUAUGUGUGUGAGAGAGAGAGAGAGAGAGAGAGAGAGAGAGAGAAGGCGCAACAACUCUCUUGUAUUUGUAUCUGGCGCGUUGGUAAACUAACAGUCAUUAAAGAGAAGUUCCAAGCCCAUAAAGAUCAAGAAAGAGCCAAGAAGAGAGAGAGAGAAAAAGUAACCUAAAAACACACUGAGCGUGUCUUUUUUUCAAGAAAGAUACAUACGGAGUUCUAUAUAUAUAGAGAGAGAAAGAGAUAGAGAAAGAAAGAGAGAAGGAGAGAGUGUGAGAGGGGGGAUGCCCUCAAAAAACCUCUUCUUUCUCUCACUAAAAAAGGCGAUCGGAAAACCCAAUAGCAUUUGUUCAUACGAUUUGGCCUUUUGGGGUUUCAGUAUAUAGUGUUGAUAGAGUAUAUAUAUUUAUUUACACACACACACAAGACACAACCGUAUAAUUGUAUAGUGAUUAUUUAUAUAUACAUCUUUAUAAUCGUAUAAUGGAGAUGUCACAGUCCGAUCCGGUUAGUGAAUGGAACACAUCAGGAGGCCAAACAGGGCUCGAAGAGCCUAUGUGGCAAUUAGGGUUGGAAUCAUACCCUGAACGGCCGGAUGAGGCCGAUUGUAUCUAUUAUUUGCGGACAGGGUUUUGUGGGUACGGUUCUCGCUGUCGGUUCAACCAUCCUCGUGAUCGUAGUUCGGUGGUCGGAGCUAUGAGGUCUGCCGGAGGGGAAUACCCACAGCGGAUUGGGCAACCAGUGUGUCAGUACUACAUGCGAACAGGAAUGUGCAAGUUUGGUGCUUCAUGCAAGUAUCAUCAUCCAAGACAUGGAAUCGGAUCAUCAACCACAGUGUUACUAAAUAUAUCUGGAUACCCUCUUCGUCCUGGUGAAAAGGAGUGUUCGUACUAUGUGAAAACAGGGCAGUCUUCUGUUACAUACCAAAGUAUGCAAUCUCCUGUUGCUUCUUCUCAACAGUAUGGAGUGUUUUCCGGCAACUGGCCGGUUUCCAGACCUUCUCUUCUUCCGGGAUCAUAUCUCGCCGGAAGUUAUGGUCCUCCGGUGAUGCUUCCCCCUGGAAUGGUCCCAUUUCCAGGUUGGAAUCCUUACCAGGCACCUGUAAAUCCGAAUAGUAAUGUUGGAGGAGGGUCGAUGUAUGCCAUAAGUCCUUCUCAUUUAUCUCCAGCAGUUCCUUCAUAUGUUUCAAUGGCGGAAUCUGCGUUUCCAGAGAGACCUGGUGAAGCGGAAUGUCAGUAUUAUUUAAAGACAGGGGACUGUAAAUUUGGUUCAUCAUGUCGAUACCAUCAUCCACGGGAAUGGAAUCAGCCAAAGACAAACUUCAUGCUUAGUCCCAUGGGUCUUCCCCUUCGUCCAGGUGCAGCGGUGUGUACACACUAUGCCCAAAAGGGUGUGUGUAAGUUUGGGCCAUCUUGCAAAUUUGAUCACCCAAUGGGUGGAGGUGGGACGUUGAGUUACAGUUCAUCUGCAUCUUCGCUAGCUGACAUGUCAGUUGCACCAUAUCCUGUUGGAACUUCCGUUGGAACUUUAGCACCUUCAUCUUCUUCAUCGGACAUUGUUUCUGCAACCAACAAAAACAAAGAUGGUGUUUCUACCAGUACCAGUAUAAGUAUCGCUAGUGGUUCAGUGGGGUCCAGUUUGUCACAGAGCAUGCCACUUUCACUUUCUAAAUCCUCCACUGCUGCUGAUUGAUGCCAAUUCCACAUACAUUCCCAAAAAUCACAUUUCAUCAACGGAUCCUAACAAACAUGCCAUCCAUCUUUUUUUUUUUUUGUUGUUUUGGUUUUUGUG